CCGUGUGUUGUGGAGCCUUUUGAAAACGCGUGCCGGCUGUGCGCCUUUACGCAUCCUGGAUGCAUCACUCUUCGUGGACGUGUUUAAUGCGCCGUCUCCUCUGCGGUUCACAGUGAUGCUUGAACUGCCGACUUAGAGGUGGCAGUUUAAGGAUUUCCGCCUCCACAUUCACACGGUCAUCUGUCACCAGUCACCACCGCAGUUGCAGGGCGCGCCAUCGCCUCCACGCUUCACAUGAUGCCGGGACUUUUACUCGGAGACGUGAUUCCUAACUUCGAGGCAGAGACCACUGUUGGGAAAAUCAAACUGCACGAGUUUCUCGGUGAUUCAUGGGGGAUCCUGUUCUCCCACCCCAGAGACUACACACCGGUGUGCACCACCGAGCUGGGUCGAGCCACCAGACUCUGCAGCAAGUUCAGCGAGCGCGGUGUGAAGCUGAUCGCCCUGUCCCUGGACACCCUGGAGGACCACCACGGCUGGAGCAAGGACAUCCUGGCCUACAACUGUGAGGAGUCGGGCUGCUGCUCGCUGCCCUUCCCCAUCAUCGCGGACAGCAGACGGGAGCUGGCAGUCGCCCUCGGCAUGCUGGACCCGGAUGAGCGGGACAAGGACGGAAUGCCACUCACUGCCCGCUGUGUGUUUAUCAUCGGCCCAGAUAAAAGGCUGAAGCUGUCCCUGCUGUACCCGGCCAGCACGGGGCGUAACUUCGAUGAGAUCCUGCGAGUGGUGGACUCCCUGCAGCUCACGGCCACCAGACGAGUGGCCACGCCUGUCGACUGGAAGCCUGGAGAGUGCGUGAUGGUUCCCCCAGCUCUGUCCGAGGAGGAGGCCGCCUCUCUGUUCCCAGCCGGGGUCUACACCAAAGACCUGCCCUCCGGCAGGAAAUACCUCCGCUACACCCCCCAGCAUCAAGAGCCGGAGGACUGCACCGAUGCUGAUGCCCAACACUCGUGUCUGGACUGAACCGCUGAAGAUGCUGGUCGGUCCCGAGGCCCAGAGGGCGGCUCGUUUCCCUGCACACGUGGAGAUGAGAUCCUGCAGCCCUGCAGGAGUUAACACCCCCUUUUGAGGUGUAAAGACCCAGCAGUCAUAGCAAAGUCUUAAUACUAAGCAAGAACAACCUCAGCGAGGUUGAUGUAUAACUAGAUAUCGCAGUACCUGUUUUUUCUCUGUGCCAUUAUUUACAGAUUCAACAUGAAAACUUUGCACAAGUGGAAGCUAUUCAAGACAGUUGCCUAUGUACAUCAAAUCAAAUAUAAAAUUCAGGACAGCACAGCUGGAAGAGUUUCAUUCAAUAAUACUCCAUUAACCCCUGAAGAGUAGGGCUGGGCGAUUUUGGACAAAAAUAAAAUCCAGAUUUUUUUCUCUGAAAACCCGAUUUUCGAUUUUUUUGGUAAAACUACCAAAGACAAUGGAAUAAAUUGUUUAAAAUAUUUUAUCUUUAUUUUUAAAGUAAAAUAGCAAACAAAUUUCCCUAUUGGGAAUGAAGUGCAAUUGAAAGAUACUGUAAAUCCUCCUUGAGUUUAGUAAAGUGACAACAUUUACAAUUUUCUUGACCAAACAAAGAUGACUAGACGAGAGCAGCCUGUAAUGCAGCCAGCUGCAAAAAAGGAAAAUUUUCCGAUUUUCCUUUUUUUAACAUCGUGUUGAUUAAUAAAUCCGAUUUAGAUUUAAAAUCGAUUAAUCGCACAGCCCUACUGAAGAGAAACCACAUCAUAUCAUUGAUACGAAGUAUCAUUGAUAUCGUGGGUGCAGAUCCCGGGGGGGACGGGGGGGACAUGUCCCCCCCAAUUUCUGAAAAACAUGAAUUGCCCCCCCCAAUAAAAAUACCCUACAUUAUUAAAAAUUGAACAAAUGUAUUUUCAGACUUAAAGGUUGAAUAUGUAGAAUAUUUAUUAAAUAUUUCAAAAAAAAUAAUACAUCCACGGUGCGUUUUGAGGUGUACAGAAUAAAAGUAUUGCUACUCCAUUUUAUUACUACGUCUAUUAAGAUACAGGAUCUCUUCUUCCAGGGAGUCCUGGAAAAUGACAGAUGAAAACGAACAUGGACAUUUAUGUAAAUAAAUUUGAUGUUGGGUCAACUUGUGCUGUGUUUAUUGUGCUCUUAGCAAUGGGUCCUUUUUUUUUUUUUAGAACCGUUUACCACCAUAACUGUGUUAAAACAUGAUCAGUUAGUUUAAACAACUUGUUUAGGGCUCCAUAUUUCAUCCAUAUAUCCAUUGAUCGUGCAUAAAGUAGUCCCAUAGGAUAGAAGGAAGAUGGUGAGAAGAAUUUGAGAUGAGUAGACACUACAUGCCCAAAACCCUUAAAAUUAUGAUUUACGACUAUAACAGUUAAGUAAGCAGUGACACACACUGUUGGCUGUUUAGGACAAAUAAACAAGAAACGUAAGCACAAUAAAUGAUUCCCUGUGCAGUAUUUUUUGGCGAGCCUUUACCAAUUUAUGGCAUGGUAUGAGUUGCAUAUUGGUAAAAAAUUAAAAAUUAAAAUCACAUGGGUGUCCCCCCCAAUCCUGACAUCGGAUCUGCACCCCUGAUUGAUAUGAAGGCACGGCAGUGGCAGAGUGAUGACUGGGGUUGUUUUCUGCGGCCACACGUCCUGGAGAAUGUGCAGUAAAUCAGCUGAUCAUGAGCUCAAAUGUGGGAUCCUCUGUCUGACAGGUGUAGUUUGGUCUAAAUUGGGUCAUGCAGCAGGAAAUGAAAUGUGGAAAAAAAAGGUUUAGAGCACGAAAACCUCAAGUAAAGUCUCGAAGAAGAGAAGAAUAGGACAAAACUCCACAACGAUGUGAAAGGCUGAUAAAAGUCAUGAGGGACACAACUGCUUCAUGUUAUUGCUGCGAAAAGUGGAUUUAAACCUGCUGAAUAAUGUGAGUAUUCGGUAUUUUUUAAUUCAUCUUCGUUAAAUAAAUAAUGGCACAAUGAAAGAAAAGUGAUGCAGUCUGAUGUUACAUUAGCCUGAACCUACUAGCCACUAUAAUCAGAGGAUUAUUAUCAUUUUACACAACACACACAGGAUUAAAAUCCUCCAUGUGCUAUACAGUACAUGGAGGAUUGUUCUCAUGUAAAAACCUCAUGCUACAGCAGCUUCAGCACCGUUUGGAGAGAUGCAGAGCUCAGAUGGGAUUAAGGAACAUCUUAUCUGUGGUGUUUCCUUUGUUUAGCAGGGGUAUAAAUAAUACAUUAUUUACUGCUCACUCAUUUCCUCUUUAUGAUGGUAUUCAUGGAGAGAGAGGAAACAAAGCUGUUGCAAUGACUUUCAUCCAACUUUCUCAAAUAAAACC